CUCCUUACCCUCUCUCCCUCAGAACGAAGGGGAAAAGGAAAAAAAAAAAAAAAACCUUCUCUUCACCCCCCCCCCUCCCUCCCUCCCUUACCCUCCCUCUCUCUAUCCUCGCCUCAUCUCUCCCCCGUCGUCAAUCGCCGCUGGUCGACAUAUCUUGUUCCUCUGGGUCAUUCGUUCUUCCGGCCCGCUAUUGUAGCACUGCGACUCAUCCCUUCACGGUGUGAAGAUUACGCCAAGUUGUAGGGGCUUUCAGCUGAAAACGCGCCUUUUGGUAUUCCGCAGUAUCGUCGCCAACAAGCUUUCUUCGCAGAUUCUUCUCUCCCCUUUCGAGUAGCAAACCGCAAACCUAGCUGCGGGAACUUGUUGUCGUCGCGCAUCAAAUACGGUACCCUACGAAGAGGUUCAGGCUACUGCAACGCUAGCCGCUCGAGUGGUGCUUGUCAUCUUGCGGGGUCUCAUCUCAUCUGCUUCUGCUCUGCUACCCGAUAGCGAGUAUACAUCCGAUUGUGAUAGUUUGAUUUUCUCAACUUGCUUCUCAUUACAGCUUAGAUAUUCAACUAUCCUGGGAUACGCAUCUUUCGGCUAUAAGCGAGUCGUCCAAGAUGGGUGCCUCAAGUACUUCUUCUCCUUCCUCAACCUUGCAUAAACGGCCACCCACACCAAAGUCAUCUUCCCCACCACAGAGCUCGUCGCGGCCACCCGUCCCGGAAAAUACCAAGGUUAAGGAUAAGGAGUCCCACCCACCCCGUCGUUCCUCUCUUGGUUUCCUCCGCCGUUCAAGAUCUGGGGAUCCGGUUCGCAAGACAUCACCUUCGCCAAUUGUUGCCCCUUCCCCUCCAAAGUUGCCUGAAUAUCCUCUGGCUCCUUCUAGAAAUGGAUUUGUCAGUGAUAUCAGGGACUCUGUUGCUAUAUUCAGCGGACACGCUAUGUCGAGCUUUACUGAAUCCCCCCCCUCUUCGGAGGAUGCUCGAUCCCCCUCAAAUGGUCCGGGUGGUUAUAUCCCUGGAAGAAAGUCUACUGAUAGUGUAGUUGGUGUUUCCGGUGGCACUCGUUAUCUCAAAUCUAGCUCAGUACCGCUCACAGAUGACCCUUAUGCAAAGGAGGGUAGUAUGGCACAUAGAGGAAGAUACAGCUAUGCCAGCAGCGCCGCGAACAGUGUAAACUCACCCAGAAGAGUUAGAAGACGCAGGGAUCCUACCCCUUUCAAUAUUCUUGUCAUUGGUGCCAAAAACUCUGGAAAGUCAUCGUUUCUUCGCUUCCUCCGCCAAUCGCUUGCCUUAAAGCCUAAACGCGGACAUGUUGCGCCUGCUGAGGAAUUGCCGGAGGCGCCGGAAGAGGACACCACCACUCAUUCAGAUACAUCCACCUCUUCCUCUCGGAAUGCAUUCAAAUCUUCAUAUCUCGAGACCGAAAUUGAUGGUGAGCGCAUAGGGUUGACUUUGUGGGAUAGUGAAGGACUUGAAAAGGGGGUAGUUGAUUUGCAACUUCGCGAGACUGUUGCCUUCUUGGAAUCAAAAUUCGAAGACACCUUCAACGAGGAGACCAAGGUCGUCCGAGCUCCUGGGGCUAAGGAUACCCAUGUUCACUGCGUGUUUUUGUUGCUUGAUCCUGCAAGGCUUACUCCUGGAAAUCAUUACUAUAACAAGAAGGGAGACAAGCCUGACCAAGCUGGACUGGACGACGAUCUUGACAUUGCAGUCCUCAGAGCACUUCACGGAAAAACCACCGUUGUUCCGGUUAUCAGCAAGGCGGACAAUUGCACUUCUUGUCACAUGGAGGAAUUAAAGAAGAUUGUGCGACAAGGUCUCGAGCGUGCUGGGAUUGAUCCAUUGGAGGCACUUGAGCUGGAGCUUGCCGAAGGGGAGGAAGAAGAGGAAGUUCAGGGGACCAAGGCCCAGCGAGGAUCCCUUGUCGAAGCCGAUGAGGAAUAUUCAUCUUCCGGCGAAGACGCCCCCCAGUCCUCGGAUAAAUCAACCGCGUCUUCUGUCUCAACUAGCCGAAAGGCUAGGGGUCUUAACAGUUUUCUUCCGUUAUCCGUUAUCUCUCCGGAUGGGUAUGAGCCCGGCGAGAGAGUGGGUAGACAUUUCCCUUGGGGAUUCGCAGAUCCAUACAAUGAAGCGCAUUGCGAUUUCGUCAGGUUGAAGGAGGCAGUAUUUGGUGACUGGAGGGCAGAUCUCAGAGAGAAGAGCCGUGACGUUUGGUAUGAAAAUUGGAGAAGUGAUAGGCUGGGAGCCCGCAGAGGCCGGUAGUUUUUCUUCUUUGUCUAUUCUUUCUUUCUUUCUUGUCCAUGCCAAUUUUCUCAUACAAAAAAAUUACGCAAACCGCCGGUAUCAUAGCUAUGGGGGAUAUUGGGUCAGUCAGAUGGAAAUUUACGCUUGAAGCGUCUUUUACAAAAUAUUCUUUUUGUAUGGAACGCUUGAAGUGUUCUUCCUCUGUCUGGUAUUGGGGAUUAAAAAAAAAAAAAACAAUCGGAGAAAUGCCUAUUCUUUCUUAAUUUCCUUUUUGUUUUUAAUUUUCUUCUUCCUUCACUGUUGAUUCUAGUGACUUUUUAUCACAACAACCAUCGGCUUGUAGCCGAUUUUCCUAUCAUACAGAUAACCUUUUUUAUACUUCUUUUUACCCUUCACUAUUUUUUUAUUUUGUUUAUUUUUCUUUCUUUCUAAACCAUGUGUGUCAAACAAAUUAAGGGAGGGCUUUCAGCGGCCCCCUUUCCUGUAAUGUAGCUUUACCAGGG